CAUACUUCCGGUUACCGAUAAUGAAAAUGGGAAAAUAUGUUCGCUUUUGAUCAGAGUUCUUUUUAUAUGGAUGUUGUUUGCUACGAUGCCUGGUGGACGUCGGAUACUAUCCAGGAUACAGUCUUCUUCUUUUUCCAAUAACACACACAAAACUGGGAACGGAAGUAGUAUUGAAGAGAGAGAUACCAAUAUGAUCCCCUUAGCAUCCAUGGUGGUGUUGCCUAAGCACUCACAUCUACCAGAGAUCCCAGGAGACAGCAACAUGUCGUUUGAGGCCAUGCUUUACAUGUUUGGGGUGAUUGUCAUGGGACUUCAGUACAUUAACCUGUACAAGACAGUAUGGUGGCUCCCUCACAGCCAUGCAAAUUAUGCCCUUAACUUCUAUCUGAUUGACCCUUACUUGGUGCUGUUUUUGUGUGCUCUGAUGAGUAGGAGACUAGUUUGGUGUUUUGUUCAAGAGGUUUUUGGACCGAAAUCCAGUAAAAGUGUUUUAUUUUGGUUGGUGCAGCUACUGAAAAUCCUACUGAUGUUCUUUGUGACUGUUUUUCUAAUAUAUACAGCAUAUAACGUCAUAGUGAAGCAUUCACUUUUCUAUUGUCUUUUUCUUUGUUGUCCAAUUGUAACUUAUGUGUUGUUGUUUGGACCCUCCAUUAAACCAUUGUAUCAUAAGUCUCUGGUAUGGCCAGUACCUGUUCAGGACAAAAAUAGUUUGACCAAAUACAAGGGUCGGGACUCCCUGGAGACAGAGGCCAUACUAACGCAUAGCUGUGUCCUUACACCAGAUGUCAUCAGGUCUGAGGUGGAUACCUUCAAAAACGACUUCAAUGGCCGCAUUAAACAAGUUCUAUUCAACUCUUUAUUAACAGCGUACUACAUGACAUUUGUGCCCCUCUGUUUUGCCCAGCAUGUCCAAAACCAUUGUGACACCUGCUGGAAUACACUAUAUUACGACACGUGGUGGGUAGGACAACAUGUCUGUAUGACAUGGCUCAGCGUCUUCCUCAUGUUGAUUGUACACUUCCUUCCCCCAAAGUACCUUGACCUCCUCCACAAGUCUGCACUACACCUAGGACGCUGGCAAAAGGUCGAAGGCAGACAUGCGCAUGUGCCUUACAAUGCGUGGUCCGAGCUGACCGUUUGGCCUCAAGGUGCUCUUGUAAAACACGUGCGCGGCUUAUUUAAGGCUGAGGGAAUAAACGUAACAGCAGAACCAGGAAAUACAAUGCAUGGUAGAUUUUAUUUUUUAUUCCACCAGCCGAUGCGUGUAGUGAACUGGUUAUUAGUCCUUACCUGGCUCCUUGUUGGAUACCAGUUCUUCUGUCUCAUACAGAGCACUGAGUGGAACCACAUAGUCUCCAUAGCUCUUGUUCUUUUCUGCAAUUAUUACACCUUAUUCAAACUUCUGCGGGACAGAAUCAUACUAUCUAAAACGUAUCGUGAGGAGAAUAGCUCGGAACAAUUUUAACAUGGAUGGUGAAUAUAUGUUGACAGUUGUUACCGAUUCAGGAAUCUUUACCGCCACAUGUGGUUCGAGAUCAUCUGGCCAGUGAUUCGUGUUGACUGCUUAUCACCAAAACGCUAUUUGUGCUUUAAUUGUGAUUGAGUAUAUUUAUAUUGAAAAGUUUUUUUUAAAAGAACAGUUCGAAAUAAAAGUUUAUUAAUCAAACAAAAAGAAAAAAAAGAUACGUGCCAUUAAGGUAACUUAUUAAGAGGUAAGCUUCUUCUGGACGAUCUAAAACACUUUCGUUUAUGCGUAACUUGAUAUCUGACCACUUUUUUUUGCUUAUAACUAAGGUUUUGAAAAUAUAUUUUUUUACUUCAGCCACAUUGUAAUUAUUUUGUUUUAAAAGACGUGUCAAAUAAUGAUGUUAUCAUAGUCGUCAUCUCUCUUUAUUUACAUGAGUAUGGUACAAAAAGUCUAAGAUAAUUCAAAUACGUUACCAGAUUUCCAGUUCAAUGUGAAAUGUGAACGUUUUGCGCAUUCAGUCGAACACUAAAUCAAAACUAUUCUAUGGGAACUGUUUAUAUUAUCAAAGAUCGUUCUUCCAACAUAUUUUUAAUUUCCUGUUACAGUUAUCAGUCGUUUGCUGCAUUUCAAAUCAAAAGAAAUGUUUUGUCUCACCAUGGUGUCAAUUUUCUGGCGGCGUCUCACUUUAAAGU